CUGGAGAGGUGGAUCCGUCGGGUAGUUGAAUAGUCUUUUGUAUCCAGUUGCUGGUGAAAAUUCAUCUCUUUGCUUAUUAUCUGUAAAUGUGAUAAGAAAUGUAACAAAUCCUAUAUAUUUGCAUGACAAUGCAUUCUCUAUUAUUAUUACUGUUUUUAUUAUAUACUGUCCAAUAAACCACCGUUAUGUACAGUAAGUUCUUAUGGCGAACCGAUGCAGUACUUGGACUGACCAGUGAGAGGCAGCAGUGCCCCACGGGGCAACGAGACUGACUGGAAAUAAAUUGGAAGAAGCUAGGCUGGGCUAGUUUAUCGGGUAUGUGGAUAUUUAUUUUAUAUUAUCAAAUGUAUAAUAUGUAUAGACUUUACUGGCCAAAUGUGUGCGUGCUCAUGCUGUGUUGUCGUUUUGUGUUUUUUUUUAUCACCCCAGGUUGACAUUUUCACACACAGCCUACAAGUUUCUUAGCACAUCAAAAGCGUUGUCAUCUGUGAAUUAGUAACCACUUCCUAAUAUUGGCAGUCUCAUCUUCUUACAUAUCAAUCCAUCACAACUUGAAACAUUCAACUGUAAAUUAGUCUUUUAGAACUAGUGAACAUUUGGUAGCACACUCACUUGUUUUGAUGGUGUUCCCAUUCGUAUUUUUACACCUGAACGCAACACUCCCACACACGCAUCCUGUGAAAAGUACGGGCUCAACGCUUAAAAACAAUAUUAUGUUAUGAUUAAUCAACGUUAAUGUAAUUGAUGUUAAAAAAAACUUGUUUUUUUAUCUGUUUUUUUUUAUCUGUAAAUAGCACUAUGAUGUGUUUGCGUGUUAAAAUUGAUGCUAUUGCGAUGUGAUUGUGAUUUUGAGCGCCCCCCAGUGGACUUUUUGAGUCAUGGACGCCCAUCCGACAAUGAGGAAUCGUCAACUACGUACCAGGCUCCACCCCCCCUCCUCAACAUCCGUUCCUCCUCCUCCGCCACCGUGAAGCUCCAACCGGAGUAUGCACGCCGGCUCUCUCCCCCGCUGUACCCCGCUAUGUCCGCCUCGGAUUUGAUGGGAACCUCGGCUUCUUCCUGUACUGGUGGACGUUCGUGAAAAGAGGCUGCAGGAGCGCGCAGGACAAAAUGAAGUUGGUGCUCCUCUCCUUCCUCGUCCUCCUCCUCCUGGCUGCAUCCUGCCCGAUGUCCUUCGCCACCAUCACCACUUCAAAUGAGUUUGUGUCCUUGGCAGAGAUGGAGGACGCCCUGCUGAAGAACCUCUUCCAAGGCUACCAGCGCUGGGUGAGGCCCAUCCAGCACGCCAACGACACCAUCAAAGUCCGCUUCGGACUUAAGAUAUCCCAGCUGGUCGAUGUGGAUGAGAAGAACCAGCUCAUGACAACUAAUGUUUGGCUGUGGCAGGAGUGGAUAGACUACAAGCUGCGCUGGAAUCCAGACAAGUACGGAGGCAUCACUUCCAUUCGAGUACCAUCAGAAAACAUUUGGCUCCCCGACAUCGUCCUCUACGAGAAUGCUGACGGGCGGUUUGAAGGUUCCCUGAUGACCAAAGCCAUCGUCAAGUACAACGGGGCCAUCACGUGGACGCCGCCUGCCAGUUACAAGUCGGCGUGCACCAUGGACGUCACCUUCUUCCCCUUCGACCGCCAAAACUGCACCAUGAAGUUCGGCUCUUGGACCUACGACGGCCACAUGGUGGACCUCGUCUUGAUCGACAACCAGGUGGACCGCAAGGACUUUUUCGAUAACGGCGAGUGGGAGAUCCUCAGCGCCACAGGGGCCCGGGGGAACCGCAAGGAUGGCUUGUAUUCGUAUCCCUUCAUCACGUAUUCCUUCAUCCUGAAGAGGCUGCCGUUGUUCUACACGCUGUUCCUCAUCAUCCCGUGUCUGGGUCUGUCUUUACUGACCGUGCUGGUGUUCUACCUCCCCUCCGACGAAGGGGAGAAGCUGUCGCUCUCCACGUCCGUCCUGGUGUCGCUCACCGUCUUCCUCCUGGUCAUCGAGGAGAUCAUCCCCUCCUCGUCCAAAGUCAUCCCGCUCAUCGGCGAGUAUCUGCUCUUCAUCAUGAUCUUCGUCACGCUCUCCAUCAUCGUCACCGUGUUCGUCAUCAACGUGCACCACCGCUCGUCGGCCACCUACCACCCCAUGUCGCCGUGGGUCCGCGACCUCUUCCUGCAGAAGCUGCCAAGGUUGCUGUGCAUGCGAGGUCACACCGACCGCUACCACUACCCGGAGCUGGCGCCCGAAAGCCCCGAGGUGAAGCCACGUGCCGGAGGUCGGAGAGGCGGUCCGAGGGCAAGUGGCGGGCAGACGGCUUCUGAUGGGAAGGAGGAGGAGGCCUGGGCCACCAUGUUGGAUAAGGCCAUCUACUCCGUGCGCUACAUCAGCAGACACAUCCGCAAGGAACACUUCAUUCGAGAGGUGGUACAAGACUGGAAGUUUGUGGCCCAGGUGUUAGACAGGAUCUUCCUAUGGGCCUUCCUGACUGUUUCCAUACUGGGAACCAUCCUCAUCUUUACUCCCGCUCUGCAGAUGUUCCUAAAAGUCCCUCCACCAAUUGCAAGUGAGGACCCGCCUUUGAACUCGCAGCUCUAGCUCGCACGUUUGAGUCUGUCACCCAUUAUUAUUGAUACUGUAAUUCAUCAUUUCAAUAAUUCAAUGUAUUAAUCAUAUGCUGGUGUUCUAUGCAGCUCUGUCACUUUUAUGACGUCAUAUCUCUGUGGCCUGAAGGUAUACAAGUAGAAGGACAUAAGCCUUUUACAAUUUGGCAUAAAUAGACAUGGGAAGGAAAUAGGUGCAGUUUACACUGCAAUGCCGCAAGCCCGGUCACAGUAAACAGACAAAUAUGCACUGCUUUCACGUCUUCAAUUGUUGCUUUACAACACUUAGUGGCGGGGCGGGAGUGAGGGGCUGCGGAAUCCAAACAUGUCAGGAGAAAUAUGCAGAUCACCGGGGGCGUCCACAGUCCACACAGUCUAAAAACAUGAAAACAGGAAACAUCAGCAGGAAUUUCACAAGAAUAAAUAUUAAGAGAAAAAAGUUUUAAUCUUAGAAGAAAAAGUUGUAAUUUUAAAAGAAUAACGUGAUAUUAUGAGGAAAAAUAAUGUCCUUUUAGGAGCAUAGAAUAAGGUUGUUUUGUAAAGAGUUACGAGAAUUAAGUGAAAAUAUUAUGAGAAUAAAGUCAUAAUUACGAAAGGAAAGUUGAAAAGUAUGUAAAGUUCAAAAAACAGCAACUUCAGGAAUGAAAAAAAAACCUGUUGAAUUUUUUACAAGAAUAAAGUGAAAUUAUUAAGAGAAAAACUUGUGUAAUCUAACAAGAGAAAACAUAACCAUUUUUAAGAGGAUAACUCGUAACUAUGUCAUUGUAGUAGCAUAGAUACCUUAUUCUUUAAGUCGUAAUAUUAGAAGAAACAAACACAACAAAAUGAAGUUGUAAUUUAUGGAAAAUUAGGUUUGGAAAAAAGUUAUAUUAUUAGAAUAAAUUCAAAAUAUUAACAAGAACAUUUAUGAAGAUUAUUUAAGAAAAAUAUUUAAAUAGUUGGAAAACUGAAAAAAAAAAACCCAGCAAAAAUGGGAAAAAAAAGAGCCAAGUUGAUAGAAUAGGCUUUAGUGGCAAAGUCACAUCCUUUCAUUUUUCACUAAGUGGCCCUCGUUGGAAAAGGUUUGGACACCCCUGCUGUACAUAAUUUGAGAUUUAUGGAGUAUUUUAUUUUAAAGAAACUUACUACACAGCAAACCUGGGGUCCAAUAUCAAUUCAAAACCCCCUGAAAUGGGCGGGAUAAGACCCCUUCAGGUCUCUAAGACUUGAACUAUAAAUGAUUUUCGAUUCUUUGUACUAAUCAACCAAUUUCGCAUCUACUUUUCUGGACAUGUGUUGCAUGAAAAAGCCACAGUUUAACCAUAAAUUUAUAGCAAAAAGUGCUGACGUGAGACGUCAGUAUGUGACAGCACCACCCAGUGGUAACACAAAAACAAAUCAAAAAAGGUUCCUUUGUGAUAACCUUUUACAUAAAUGAUGACAUAGUUUGAUUCCUGUAAAGAAAUAUCAGCUUCUAAUCACUGUUUCUUUGGUCUACACAGUAAUAAAGACACAGCCUCAUACAGAAA